AUGGAAAUCUUUGGACGAAUUGAGGAGGUCCCUUCUGAAGCCGAAGAAGAUACCCCAGGAGAAGAAGAGGAGCACCCAGAGACUAGCCCGGACGAAGAAGACAUGAGCAGCCAGGAAGAACCUCAUCCCGAGGACAGUGAGAACAGUGACGAUGACGACAACGAAGAAGACCCCCACAGCGGCGACGAUAGCCUGGACCGCGCACUAUCAUUCAUGAACUACCGUAACCGUAUCGAGGAAGAAGAGCGGGCAGAACGCACCUCAUACCACACCAUCCGAAGCGUCCUUCAGAAGGAAACCCCAGACACACCGCCAGUCCGGGUAGGAUCGUGUACCAUCAUGAGUGAUACAACUGUGGAGUUUGCGAACAGUGUAGAAGGACUUGAUCACCGAAUCUUCCUGCUGCGUGACGCCAAGUUGCUUACCAGAGGAGGGGGAUGUUAUGGACACGCCAUCGUCAAAAUUAUCCCGUACACGGACGCCAACCUAUCACUGUUCACCCGCGAGCUAGAUCCACUGCUGCCCACUGCUGCAUCGAUAUCGAUCCCGAUCCACAUCAAAGGCAAGACAGUCAUGUUCCUGCUCGAUACAGGCGCGCAAGUGAAUUGUAUACGAGAUGAUAUAUGGAAGUACCUCGGGGGAGUCAACAACGCACCCCUGACAUAUCCAUACAUUGCGAAUGCCACUGGAGACCAUCUCAGGUGCAUAGGAACUUGGAGGACCGGGGUUCUAUUCGGAACUGUAUUCAUGGAAAUGGACUUACUCGUUGUCGAAGGUCUCACCUCCCCAGGAAUUUUAGGACGACCAUGGCAGAAGCAGGGACAGUUGUGGACAGAGGAGACACAUGAAGGAACGUACCUUGGAAUCACCUCUGAAGACGGAGGCAACAGCUAUGGAAUGUAUCUUGCAGCACCCGAAACCCAGCUGCCAAUCCAUGACAUGCCAGCUGUGGCAGCUGCCAGCGCACCUGAAGAGGAGCACAUCCCGGAAAUGCAUUUCUCGGAAACGCAUAAGCUCAAGGCCUAUACGGAACCCAUUGAAUUAGCCGAAGAAAGCAAAAAGGAGACAACACCAGAGCCAUCACUUGUAGACAAAAUUGGGAUGACAUUUGUCAACCACCCGAAGGUCAUCCAGUAUGGCAACAGACGACAGGAGCAGAUCUGGUACGAGCAGCUCUUGUUUCUGUUCCGCCGAACCUACCGACACCCAGUCUCGCGAGUACAACCUGUGCUCACCAACCUGACCUUUGCGCAGGCGGAGAAACUAGAUCUCCGGAAGACAUGGAGAACCAAGGUUACCUGGGAGGAGGAAAUGUUCCUGUUGCGCAACAUAAGCGUAAAAAGAGGAGACCGAGUUCGUCGAGGACAUGCAGUACUCCAACUCGUCUACUUCCCAGAUGAAGAAGAGCGAAUAUCUAUGACCCCGUUCUCAUCACUCAGUGGGACCCUGUCAGAAGCAUCAACCGCAACCUACCGCAAGCGCAAACGAGCACCCCCCACUCAAGAAGACUUGGAGCGCUCUAUGGAAGAAGUUGGUCUCGAACUACUACAGGACCGCAUCGCAUAUGAAGCACUAGAACGACCAUGGGCCGACCGAGAUGACCGGCUUCGACGCGAUGAUGAAAUCGCUAACCUACGAACGAACUCACCAGCCAGCGAGGAUGAGGGACGUUAG